AUGCAAGACAAAGGAAAAAGUGUUGAAAGUUCUGUGAAUGCUGAAAGAUCAAUAAUUUUAGCUACUGAUCCUGAGUCUCCUAUUCAGAAUCCUGUUCCUAUAUCUUCUGUGUCAGCUAUCUUUGAAGAAGAUGUAUCACUUGAAGAUAUUGCUGGGAAUGACGAUGAAGAAGAUGAUGAGGAGGAUAAUGAUGAAGAGGAUGACAAUGAAGAGGGUGAUGACGAAGAGGAUGAUGAUGAGGAAAAAGUAUUUUUGGCGAGUAGUCAUAGUUCUGAUGAUGACAAUGAUGACGAUGACAAUCAGGCAGGUACAGGUGUUUCUACUACUGAAGCAUCAAAUGAAAAGAAUGUUGAUGAUUUAAUGAAUGAUGAUGCGAAUGAAGUAUCAGAGGGAGCUGAUGGAGAGGGGGAGCAUGUUGAUGAUCAAAACGUUGAUCAAGUUGAAAAGUUGAUUCUUCAAAUAGAGUCUCAUGUUGAAGAAGGUGAAUUCAGGCAUACUUACACGUUGAAUGAAAUCCUGAAGAUGUUCAAUGUGAAUGAAGAUGAAUUUACGUUUGAUUUCGAAGAAGAGCUGAAUGUGUUCGAUAUCAAUCAUCAACCUGAGUAUGAAUACAAGUAUGUUGAGGAUGCAGAUGUGUAUGACAGGGUUAAGAUUGAAGACUGUACUGAUGAAGAGAGUUUGAAUGAAGACACUUCUGAAUUUCCAACACUGAUGGAGUUCUUUAGUGAAGAAAACAUGGAUGAACUAAGGAGGAAAGUCACUGAGAUGUUGAAAGACAAGAACUUCGAUGGUACUAUAAAAGAUCCUCAGAAAGAAGAACGAAAGAAAUGGUUCAAAGAUAGCCAUGAAAGGAAGUUCAAACGACGGUUAAAGUUUUAUCAAAGAUAUAGAAAGGAGUUAUCGAAGGUGAGAACCUUAGGAUAUCCAGUGAGAAAGAAUGAUGUUGUGAUGUGGGGUCUGAUAAAGUUUGAAGCCCUGAAAAAUUUCAAGCACUGGAAGCCGCAUUACCCAAAGAAAGUUAGAAGAGUUAAUCCGGAAACCGGUGAUGUAGAAACGAUCUUGAAUGUGAAAAGGCCGAAAGCGAUGAAGAACAUACCGGUGCCCAAGAUGGAACAAGAGUUUUACAAAGGUUUUAUGGGCUGGGUGUACAGUUGUAUCUCGACAGAGGCUGUGAUCAUUUAUCGAGCUGGUUAG